AUGCUGCAGCAAUCUGAACAUACACCGCUUAUAAGGACCCCCAAUGCUACUAAACCUUCCUCUUCUACUAUUGGUGUGAAACACAAAGCGGCUAUUCAAGCUAACAAAUCUGGGUCCAAGAUUUCACAACCAUCUAAGAUUGGCCUUCAAAGAAUUAGUCGGACGACUCAAAAAUUGAAGCUAUUGCCGGAAGAUCCGCAGAUAUUACUAAACAACCCUGCAGAAGUUUUUGAUGAUAGUGACAAUGGAGAUGUUGUUCAAUCCAAUAGUGGAGUUUAUUCCCAAGUGACGAGGAUCAAGGAUAGACCUGCUAGAAAGGACGCAGAGAUACUUGGAAAGCUGCAUCGAGAUCUCCUACCUCGUGUGACAGCCUAUUGCACUUGUGGCUCAUAUAAGAUGAAGGACUUAAUCAGAUGGCUAAAGGAUAGAAAACGCAUUCACAACACGCUGCCGAAGUUAUUUGACGAAUGCUUAUAUACACCAUUUACUUAUAAGGACUGGAGAAGUGACUCGGAGGAUGAGAGCAGAAAACUAAUACAGUUGGCAGAUGAUGGUGGUGAAAUUGAAUUCGGUCGUAAAAACGACGUUUUCAUAUUUGAAUAUGGUGUUGUGAUCAUGUGGGGAUACACAGUGAAGGAGGAGCAAGCUUUCCUCGACGACAUGGCAAAGUUUGAAAGUGAAAAGUUGUCAGCCGAAGAUAUCCAAGUUGAAGAGUUCAAUUACUACAUCACAACAUCAUAUCAGCCAAGAAUCUACAACGAUUUUAUUACUCUCAGGGAUGACUCCAAUUAUAUGCUCAAGUUAUCUAUAUCACAUGCCUUGGCGCAAUCUGUCAAGAUUUCAUUAUUUGAAGAGCUUGUUGAUAAUACUAUUGAAGAUACUCAGGAUAUCCCUCAACAAAUUGCUCAGACUGGUAAAGUUGAAAUGACGAGAGACGAGACGAUGAAGUCAAUUGGUGAACUAUUCAUUUUGCGUAUCAAUAUCAAUCUCCAUGGGUCCGUUCUAGAUUCACCUGAGUUAAUGUGGGCUGAACCUCAUUUAGAACCAAUCUAUCAGGCAACGUGUGGAUACCUCGAGAUAAACCAAAGGGUUGAAUUAUUGAAUCAACGUCUCGAGGUUAUAUCCGAUCUUCUACAAAUGUUAAAGGAUCAGUUGGGGCACUCACAAGAAGAAAAUCUAGAGUUUAUUGUUGUGGUCUUAGUUUGCAUAGAGGUGCUAGUUAGUGUUGUCAACAUAGUUAUUGAUAUCUUAACUUACUGA